UUCACGCCCUUCCGUCUACGCAAAUUGCGUAAAUCGACAGCGGUGGACGGUUCAUUCAUAUCAGUGAAGCAGGUGGUAACAGUUAGGGGAUUUGACUUAUGUUAUUAAUGAGGAUACUUUAUUAAGUGGUAAAGAACAUAACAGUACAGCAGCUUUAUGAAACGGUAACUUUGAGAAUUUAAACGAGCAGAAACACAGCAUCUAUUAGCUAACAUUAGCUAUUAGCAGCUAUCUUUGUUCAAACUGAACAGACAGUUUUCUCAUCUUUUGACAUACCUGUAAUUACACACUUAACUUCGGAUUGGACAUUAACUGGGGAGAAAUGGAGAAGCGGAGGAUCACACAGGAAACCUUUGAUGCUGCUGUCAAGGAAAACAUGGACGAGUUUGAGAUGGAUCCUGAUGAGGCUUUGAAGGAGGCUGUGGAGCAGUUUGAGUCUCAAGGUGUGAACCUCAGUUGUAUAGUAAAAGCUGUACCAGGUGUAUCAUCUGAUAACCAACAAGAGGAGCCAACACAUGAGGUCUUACAGGCGUUGGAUUCCCUCCGAGUUGGAAAAGAUUCAUCUGGUCUUAAGGAAAUGACGGCAGACUUAAAACGCUUCACUGAGCUUUGCUUACUUGGAUUUGCCCAGAGAUACCUGGCUGCCCAAAAAGGCGCCUACCCCGUCAUCCUCUCUUACUGCAAAAAGAGUGUGGAGGAGCAGGAGGCUGUGUUGACUGCACUGUCUGUUCUUGCUGCACUGACAGAUGGACAGCCAGACUUGUUGGAUGCAGAGGGCAAGCAGUACCUUUUGAAUGUCCUUAAGAAUUAUAAGGCAGAUUCCUCUGUGAUGCGUGCAGCCAUCUGCACUGUGCGUCACUGCUGUUUGAAACAUGAACAAAACCGGCAGGAUUUGGUAAAAGGGGGCAUUCUGCCACUUCUGACCGGUGCCAUUACACAACACAGUGGAAGUGCUGAGCUGGUCAAGGAAGCCUCUGCCGCUCUCAGGUUCAUGACCUUUGACGAUGAUGUCCGCGUAACGUUUGGGCAAGCUCAUGAACACGCCAAGCUUAUUGUUCUUGAGCACAAUGGACUUAAGAUUUUAAUUGACGCUGCAAAAACUCACCUUGAUAAUACUUCUGUUCUGAGUGAGCUGUGUGCAACUCUGUCCCGUCUGGCUGUAAGGAAUGAGUUCUGUCAGGACAUCUGUGAUCUUGGAGGAUUGAAACUCAUCAUGACGCUGCUGGCGGACAGCUAUGAGAUACCGGAGUUGGUUCGGCAGGUCCUCAGUGCAAUACGAGCUGUAGCAGGAAAUGACGAUGUGAAAGAUGCAGUUGUUGAUGCUGGUGGAGUCGAGCUCAUUGUCAUUGCUAUGAACAAACACAUCAGCAACUCAGCUGUAUGUGAGCAUGGCUGUGCAUGCCUCUCUGUCCUUGCCUUGCGUAAACCCAACAACUGCAAAGUCAUCAUGGAAAAUGGAGGUGCCUUGGCUGCUGUGCAGGCUAUGAAGACACACAAAGAUUCACUCAAUGUGCAGAAACAGGCAUGUAUGCUGAUGAGAAACCUUGUUGCACGUAUGAGUAACUUAAGCCAAGCCAUCCUGGAGAUGGGAGCAGAGGACCUGAUAACUCAGGCACUAAAGACCCAUCAAGACUGUGAUGACGUGGGUAAAGCAGCCCUCAGAGAUCUGGGAUGCCAGGUGGAGCUCAGAGAGCUGUGGACCGGCAAACAUGGCAGCCUCACCAACUGAAAGUAGAGGAGAGCAAUAACUCCUAAUAAUGAGUUUGCCUAAAAUGCAAUUUUAGUCAAAAUAAAAUGCUAUGUUGGUGUACCUAGCCAAGAGUUGAGUCAAACGCUUCAACCCAGAUUGACAUAUUUGUUGAUGUGGAAAAGGCUAGUCCCAGACAGCGCCUGUCAGAGGUUGAAAAGGUUGUCCAGUCCUUUUUUUUGUUUUUGACAAGUAGUAUUAUUAUUAUUAUAUUCCUUUAUUGAUCCCCAUGGGGGGAAUUAAGGUAAUUGUAAUCCUGGUGAAAUAUUUUAUUUGCUAUUGCUAUUUUGUUCACAAAUGUUCUGUUGCCUGAUACUAUUUCUGCAUUACAGUAAUGUCAUUAGGAUGUUAGGAGUUACAUUUGUGUGUUUUGCGACCAUGGGUAAAUAAUAAAUAAGUGUAUAUGCUUCUAUGCAAAUAGUUAAUCUGCACUAUGCCAUGUUGAUUCCUUUCCCACGUUGGCACAUUUUAACAUGUAUUUAAUGCCUUAUACUUUGACUAGAUCUACACAUUUCCUUUUUAUGUUUGUAAGUUUGUAUAUGCAUCAUUACAGUGAACAACUUUAAUAUCUGAUAGUAAAACCUACCA